CUGGUAGGAAAUACUUGCGUUUCAAAUUCCAAGAUAAUAUAUACGAAUUUACGGUACUCCCUUUCGGAUUAUGUACUAGCCCUUAUGUAUUCACAAAAAUCAUGAAACCUGUCAUGGGCUAUUUGAGAGCGCAAGGUUUAUUGUCAGUAGACUAUUUAGAUGAUAUGUUAUUAAUAGGAAAAGAUUAUAAAGAAUGUUACAUGAAUAUUAAAGUAACGAGGAUUUUACUAGAGUCAUUAGGCUUUAUUUUAAAUAAGGAAAAAUGUAGAUUAAUUCCGUCAAAACAAUGUAGGUUUUUAGGUUUUGAUAUUGAUUCACACAAGUAUAUAAUAUCGCUUUCCAAGGAAAAGAAACAAAAAAUUCUCGAUUUAAUAAGUAACAUGAUUAACAGAUCAGAGUGUAAAAUAAGAGACUUUGCACAGCUAAUAGGAAAUCUAGUGGCAGCGUGCCCUGGAGUACAAUAUGGUUGGGCUCACAUUAAGACGCUUGAAAGAGAAAAAGAGUUAGCCUUGAUUUUUAAUGGUGUAAAUUACGAAGGAAAAAUGCUAAUUUCAGUAGGAAUAAAAACCGAUUUACUCUGGUGGGAAAGGAAUCUUCCCAAAGCGUUUGCUAAUUUCAAAAACACAUCGUUAGAUAAAGUAAUUUUUACAGAUGCAUCAACUUCAGGUUGGGGAGCAGUAUUAGAAAAUAAGGAAAUUCAUGGAUUUUGGACGAAAAAGGAAAAACGAGAACACAUAAACUUAUUAGAACUAAAGGCAAUCUGGUUAGCAUUACAAUCUUUUGAAGCAGAAAUUAAAAACUGUCAUAUUUUACUGAGGGUAGACAACACCACAGCUAUCGCCUACAUCAAUAAAAUGGGAGGCAUUAAGUACCAAAGAUUUAAUACAAUAGCGAUGCAGAUAUGGCAUUGGGCAGAGAAAAAUAACAUUUAGUUACACGCGGAACACAUACCAUC